CAGCGGAAGCGGCGGGUGGGCUGGGUCCGGGCCUAGACCCCCCCCUUCCCCCCACGUCCCCCCGCGCCCCGAGCCGCCGCCGACACCCGCGAGCAGCCGCAGCCGCCGGGCGGGAUGGUGAGCACGGCCUUCGCGCCUCUCUCGGCACUUGCAGCGCCAGCACCAGCACCAGGCUCCGCAGGGGCCGCGUCCACGUUGCUGCCUGCGCCCUCGUCCUCGCUGUCGCGGCGGCGGUGGUGGCCGGCGGGGCCCUGGCGCCCGGCCUGUCCCGGGUUGGCUGCCGCAGGAGCCGGCACCGGCGCAGGGGGCGCAGCAGCGGGGGCAGCGGGGGCGUCAUGAACGGCGAGGCUGCGGGCCCCGGCCCCUCGGUCCCGGCCCCCUUGGCCCUGGCCCUGCCCCCGCCCUCGUCGCCGGGCUGGCGCGACUUCUGCGAGGCUCACGCCCGCGCUGCCGCCAUGGACUUCGCCCGGCGCUUCCGCGCCUUCGUGGCCGAGAACCCGCGCUUCGCUGCCCCGGGGGCCGAGGCCGCUUUCUCCCGCCGCUACGCCCAGAGCUUCCUGGAGCACUUCCAGGCCGAGCUGCGCGGGGCCGAGGCGCCUCCCUCCGGCGACCCUGCUGAGACCUGCAGCGACUCGUCUCCGGGGGAGCUGGCGCCUGCCUCCGGGCUCUCCAGCAGCCAGUCACGCAGCUCCGAGGACGUCUCCGCGGCGGCCGGCGUCCCCCCACCCAGCACCAAGCCCAAGCUGAAGAAGCGCUUCUCCCUGCGCAGCGUGGGGCGCUCUGUGCGGGGCAGCGUGCGCGGCAUCCUGCAGUGGCGCAGUGCCCCUGACACCCCCCCGCCCACAGCUGCCGGGAGCCCCGAGGACGGGGCUGCCGGGGGCAGCAACACGAACUCAAACUCUUCGGGCGGGGCAGAGGGGGAGCGCUGGACCCACCGCUUCGAGCGGCUGCGGCUAGGACGGGCUGCCCCUGCGCUGGGUAACAGCCCUGCCGCCCCCGUGCCCGCUGUGCGCCGCGAGGGACUGCUCAACUACAUUGUGGCUGACGACGGGGCCGGGGCGGGGGCCGGGGGGCGCCCCCCGCGCUGGCAGAGGUGCCGGCUGCUGCUGCGGCAGGCAGGCAAGGGCGAGGGGGAGGGCUUCCUGCUGGAGUUCUUCGUGCCUCCAAAGUCGACUAAGCCGCGGGUGAGCGUCCCUUGCAGCGCUGUGACGGCCGCUCGUGCCACCACGCCCCUCGAGAUGCCUGACCGGGAGAACACCUUCGUGCUGGAGGCAGGGCUGGCAGGCGAGUUUAUCCUUGAAACCGUGGAUGCACUACAGAUGCGCUCGUGGCUUGUUGACAUCCAGGACUGCCUCAGCCCCAGGGAGGAGAUGGGCAGUGCGGACCCCCCGUUCCUCAACCACCACACAGGGGGGCUGCCCAGCCGGGACCCUCCCCUGGUGCCCAGCGACAGCAGCGAGCAGCUCUCCCAGGGUGCCUACGGGGGUCUGUCCGAGCGCCCCUCGGCCUCCAUGUCCCCAGGCUCUGUUGCCGCCUCCUGCUUCGGCUCCCUUGAGCUGCUGCCUCCUGAGCUACCCCCCCGCGUCCCCCUCGACGAGCUGCCCCCUCUGCCUCCGCCCGGCCUGCCCCACAGUGAUGUCUCUGAUGCCACAGGACCGUUCCUGUUCCAGGGGGAGCCGGACCCGGGGGGGCUGGGGGAGGGGCCAGGGGGGGAGGGGGAGCAUGGGCUGGGUGAGCAUCCCUGGUUCCAUGGGACACUGUCACGGCUGCGGGCGGCACAGCUGGUGCUGGCGGGUGGCGCCAGUGCCCAUGGCGUCUUCCUGGUGCGCCAGAGUGAGACGCGGCGUGGGGAGUUUGUGCUCACCUUCAACUUCCAAGGCAAAGCCAAGCACCUGCGGCUGUCGCUGACGGAGGAAGGGCAGUGCCGCGUGCAGCACUUGUGGUUCCAGACAGUGUUCGACAUGCUGGAACACUUCCGCGUGCACCCCAUCCCCCUAGAGUCGGGCGGCGCCGCCGACGUCACCCUUGUCAGCUAUGUCGUGGCUGCCCAGCGCCCCCACGAGCUGAACACCUCCCAUAGCCCCCCCCGGCUGCCGCCGCCCGCCCACCCACCUUCCACUGCUGCUGACCCCAGGCGCCCGGACGAGGAAGACAAGGAUGAGGAGGAAGAUGUGGGGGAUGGGGCCGAGGGGGCCUGGGCUCGGGCCGUGCACAACCAGUACGCCUUCGUCUGACGCACCAUGGCCCCCACCGCCCUGGGACCCCCCCCUUUGCCCAUGGGACCCCCAGGCUCUCCCACCCCCCUACUCCCCCUACAAGUACGUGCCCCCUGGCUGUGGGCCUGGGGCCCUGAUGCACUACAAAGGGGUUGGGAGCUGCCCCCGUAAGAGGAAGGGGGGGCCCUGGUCCCCAUCACCAAAUACACAGAGCCACUCACUGUGUUGUGCCACCCACGGCCCUCUGGGCUGUGACCUCUGACCCCAGCCCCUGGGCAUGGGAACGGGCCUCCGCAGCACUAUUUAUGUUUCACUCUAUCGGGUCAGUUCAGGAGGAAAGAGUGGAGUGGCGUGUUUCAUGAGGCCCCGCCCCCACACCCCCCAGCACCUGGAACAUGCCCGUGUGUGCACGCAGGCAGACACAGCACCUGGGCCGUGCACACCUGUAGGCACCGCUGGCACCAGGUGCGUGGGAGACACGUGCGCAGAUGGAGCCCAGGGGCUGCGGACAUGCACAUGUACCCGUGUCUGUGUUGAAUGCAGGUGUCUGGCACGUGCAUGUCAAACCAGUGUGUAGAAACUUGGUGUCUCACGCACACUUGUAGAAUCAAGGUGUCUGGGACACGCACGUGUGGAACCUGCACAGCAAAGGGGCCAUGCAUGCAUGGAGCCCAAGGGUCUCAUGCAGGCAUGCAUCUGGGUUCAUACAUGUGUGACACACGUACAACAGCAGUGUGUGACACGUGUACAGAGCAUGGGUGCUGGGGCUGUGUGUGUGCACAUGCUCAAGUGUAGGCAUAGGUAGGACCCGGCCUGGGCACAGAGUGCAGGCAUCCAGGACACGGGCAGCUGCACACACAUACGCACAGACCCCAGGCCUCCGGGCCAGGCACAUGCAGACGCAUGUCCCACAUGACCCCAGGCGUCUGGGACACAGGUGGGGCUGCACAAGGCCUCCUGGCAUACACGUGGCUCUUCAUGGGAUUUAUUUUUCUACUGUGGAGAAGCCCCUGGGUCCCUCUCAUGGCCCCAGACACCCCCCUCCCAGGGCUGUGGUUGGGGGGAUGCAGGGACUGUCUACACCCCCCCACCACCCCCCUGUAAAGAAGCAGCAAACCCCACUGGGGGCAAAGAAAAAAAAAAAAGAAAAAGGCCCAGAAAUGAGCAGAAAACAUAAAAACUAGAUGAAAAAAUC